AUGGAGAGGUUCCAGAAAUUCAUUUUACUUCCUCUCAUCUUAACUGCCUCGCUACCAGGUCUUGGCUUUUGUCACUCUAUUAUAAAUGGCCCUACUAAUGCAACAGUCCUUGCUGGGUCAGAGGCCCGGUUUAAUUGCACUGUGUCGACAGGAUGGGUAAUUCUCAUUUGGCUGUCCAAUGGAAAUCCUGUCCUCACUCUCGUCAGUUCUGAAGGAGCUUUUGAAACAUCAGACCGUUUCACCUCUCAAAAUUACACAAGUAGCAAUGGGUUUACCUCGGAGCUGAUCAUCCACAACACCCAGCUGAGUGACUCUGGAAAAAUUGAAUGCAGCAUCCAGGAACCUGGCAAGAGCAGCUUUGCAUUUCUUUCUGUUCAAGUUAAUGGAUCUUUAUUCAUCAAAAAUAGCACCUUAACAGUAAAAGAGAACAAAACAGUUGAAAUUGUUUGUGAAGCCUUGGGAUGGGCUCCAGCUCCAGAAAUUACCUGGAUGACAAAUGACUCUUUCAUUGAUAAGUCGAGGUAUGUUACCUAUCAAAGUCAAAGAUCUGAUGGCCUGCAUGAUGCCCUGAGCAUCCUAACUUUGACUCUGACGGACACUGAGAUUUUGACUUGUUUAGCUGACAUAGAAGCGCUCCCUAACCCUCAGAAUGCAACUCUAACUUGUAUUUUUCUCAACUCUACUAUAGAAAAUGAUUACCGUGAAGACAAUGGAAGCACGUGGGUUAUUGUACUUGCGGUUGUGCUCUCACUUGUUGGUAUUAUUCUUCUGAUUAUUAUUAUUGUGGUUGUCGUACGCUGCUGUUGUCUAAAGAAAAAAGGGUCUACAUAUCAAAAUGAAAUAAGGUAA